UGUUUUUUAGCUGCAACUCCACCCCGUGCCGGUGGAGAAGGGAUCAGUUCCCACUGAUCGCAGGAAAGGGAGGUCACGGGGUUUGCUUGAUUAAAUCACCACAAGCCAAAAGGUUCUUUCUCUCUUCUCACUGAGAAUUGCUCAGAGGCUAAGUUGUUCCAAAAAGAAAAGCAAAACAAAACAAAACAAAAACCUACCCAAGCCCAACAACCAACAGCACACACGGAAAAGCAGGUGUGUCUCAAGAUCCUGGGAAAACAAAGGGCAGAGACUGAGGCAGGAGGUGACACUUGGAUGGGAAGUUUCCAUCCCAGCACAAGAGGACAAGUUUGGAAAAGGCUCGGACAGGACCAGCACUUGUCCUACAGGUCAGUAUCCAGGUGAAGUCUCACUCCAGAUGGAUCUCCCUAAGAACCACAUUCGGUGAUAAAUCCCUGCUGGAUACCCACGCUGGUGACAUCAAGUACUGUAACUCAUUGCUGUCCUCUUUCAAUUCCCAAGCCUUGCAAAGCCUGAGUUUGGAUGAACAGCCUUUUCAAUGCGAAAAGAUCAUGAUUUUACAAAAGCUCAUGGCUUUAAUCAGGCUGCUGUUAUCCUCUCAGGUCACACAGCAAAGUCACUGGAAAAAAUGCCGUCCCCAAUCACUGCAGGUCUCCACUGCCUGGUUCUGCUGGUCUCAGCCUCCUGCCAGACAUCACAGGACUCAAACUUCAAACCAUUCCCAUAUGUAAUUGACAGCACUCUAGGAGAGGAAAGCUUCCACCCAGAUAUGCAAAGGCAGAAGCGAAAUGAAUACAUUUUUGACGUUCCCCUUCCAGAGUACACAGUUGACAUUGAAGUAAGCCUUACAGAUUCAUCUUACCUGCAGCCAAUUAAAGAGUAUUUUAAAAAUCUUACACUUCCAACAAACAUUUCAAAUAUACAAACGACAGUUUCAAGCAUCCACAUUACAACAGUCUGUCUCCCCAGUGGUGAGAAGAGCAGCUGUUGUUCCUGUGAAAAGGGAUAUGCCUGGCCGAGCCGGGUGUGCAGUGACAUAAUACCCUGCCCUUCUCUCAGCCUGGAACCUGCCCUGCCCUGUGGCUACAUGCAGAAAAUGCCUUUCUACGGACCUUACUGUGAGCCCCAGACUGAAGACUCAUGUGGUAUGGGAGAGCCCAUUGUAAUGUAUAUGUCAGUCAGACUUGACAUAGACUUUCUGGAUGAUCUCAGGGAUUCUUCCUCUGUAUUAUACCAGAAAUACAAAGCUGACCUUGAAAAAGCGUUUAAUGCAAGCUACAGGUGUUUACCAGGCUUUGUAUCGGCAACAGUAACUGGUUUCAGUCCUGGAAGUGUUUUUGUGAAAUAUGAAGUAAAAGCAGGACCAGCAAGCGCCAAUCAGAUUGAUAAAUCCAACAAAGCUGUACUACAAGUUCUAGAACCAUUCUACCAGCCCAAACCAUCUACCUUCACAACAGAAGUGCCUUAUCGUGUAAACUUCAAAGCGGAACCUUUGAACAUUUUUGAAGGGGAUACAGUAACACUGACUUGUGAGAUAAAUUCAACGUUUCACAGUGCGACCUGGUAUCACUUUGAUCAGAUCAUCUCAACCAGCUUCCGGCAUUCGAUAGAGACAAUCGUAGGAACCAGAAGGUCGAUUCUUAAAAUCACCAAUGUUACGAUGGAGGAUUCUGGUUCCUAUAAAUGCACUUUCACAAAUGCCAGUCAGUCUUACAGAUUGAAGGCCACAGAAACAAUAUUUGUCUCUCCACUACGUAUUACUCCAAAUGUAAAGGAGAUGGAAGUUAUAUGUAACAGUCCUGAAACGCAGAAGAACAGCCCUCAGCUGUCCUGUUGCAUUGACAGACACUUACCAUCACUUAAUGCUUCCUGGAAAGUAAAUGGAACAAUCAAUAUUACAGGAGUCUCCAGUUUGGGUGGAAACUGCACUGAAUACGAGCUCAAAAUCGAGGAGUCGCUGUGCCCACCUGAGAAGUCAGGUACAGUGACAACAUAUACGUGUGAGCUGCAGACUCAACACGGAGCCAGGGCCAGUCAAACCAUCAGAGUGAGGUACCUCUGGAAAGCCCAUGUAACAAUAUCUUCAAGCACAAACUCACCAGUUCCCGAGGGAUAUCCGUUCAAUCUAACGUGCGAAAGUGAUGCGAGCAGUUGUGACAGUAUCAGUUGGAAAAUCCAGUCUGGAAGUGACACAAAAACAGUGGCCUGUGAUAUGUGCAUCAAAAAUAGCAAAUUCCCAGCCACAUCUGUGCUCACAGUGAGGUCUGCCACACAGGACUGGAGCGGCACCCACAUCUGCACAAUCUCCCGGCAAAACUUGGAGAGCUCUGCCAAUAUGACCAUCGAGGUUAUUUCCUUGCCCCUGAAGCAGAACAUCCUGAUAGACCCCAUUGCAGCAUCGAUACCUUGUGGAAAGCCACAAGCCCUCGAGUGCUGCAUAAGUGCAAACACCACGGAAGAUUUCUCUGUUACAUUUGUGAUUGGACAAAAUGGAUUUCCAGCUGGGAAAGAGAAAAAAGGAAAUUUGUUUUGCUACACGUACAGUUACACAGGAAGUGACUGUAGCAAAGAGAAAGAGCUCACGGCAUAUUGCAAGUUUAAAAACAGCAAGUUUGAAAAUCGACAGGGAGUUGACAGUGAACAUAUCAGACUGCACCUGAUACCUGACAAGCAAGUUUCCUGCUCAGACAGAUUAGGCACUGGACUAGAAAGGGGAACAUUGAUAAAGCCAUGCCGUGAGUUAGAUAAUCCAGAUGGUUUUACCCGAGGCAGUACAACUUACAAGUGCAUCAACAACUCAUGGAAGGUCGCGAGGAACGACUGCCUGUCUGUAUCAAUAAACAACAUGCUGAGUAGAGCCGAGUCCUUGGUCAACAGCCCCGAGUCAAAAGCAAAACUACCUAACUACCUUGCAGAGCUUAAGGAACAGAUUGGAAAGGAGAUAAACACAAUAAACAGUUCUCCUGCAAACUUAGGUGCAAUCGUUUCCAUCCUGGAUAUGGUCUCCUCUAUCCCAGCAGAUGCAGACGAGCUCACUAUUCAGAAUUUCCUCUCCACAGUGGACUUAAUUGUUGGUGAUUCCACAGCUGAAGCCUGGGAAGACCUGAAUAAAGAGAAGACACUAAAAAGUUCUUUGUUACUGCAGUCAGUAGAAAACUUUUCCCUCCGCCUCCGACCAGUUAAUAACACCAUCCCUUCGGUCUCUGCAAACACUGUGCAGCUACAAGGUAUAGUUAUCCAAGAAAACAGCAACACAGAUUAUAGUAAGGGCUUCCGCAGUACAGAAAACCUCACAGUUAAUGUGCUCAUUGGCGAAACUGAAAUUCAAACUCUAACCCAAAAUUCAACCAUUGUCAGUGUGAUGUACUCGAAACUUGGACAUAUUUUGCCCCGGAAUGAGUCCGAAUAUGUGAACGGCUUAUUGAUAACAACAACUGUGAGCAGCAACAGAAGCCAGAAGUUUGAGGUUAAUAUGACAUUUGCAAAGAAAAACUUGUCUCUAAAGAUGCCCAAAUGUGUCUUUUGGAACUUCACACUCAACAAACGCGGUGGGGACUGGGAUACUCGUGGUUGCACACCCACGGAGUUAGAAGAUUAUGUCAUUUGCUCCUGCAGUCACUUGACAUCAUUCUCCAUUCUGAUGUCACCCGAUAAAUCCUCCCAGCUAAUCUUUGAAGAUUAUAUUUCCUACGUUGGCCUGGGUAUUUCGAUCCUGAGCUUGGUGAUCUGCAUUAUAAUUGAAUCCUUGGUCUGGAAAUACGUGACGAACAACACAACCUCCUACAUGCGCCAUAUCUGUAUAGUCAACAUAGCUGCAUCCCUCCUGAUUGCUGACGUGUGGUUCAUUGUCACUGCCUCCCUCAAUGACCAAAACCAACAGCUGAGCAGAGAUAUCUGCGUCAUGGCCACGUUCUUCAUCCAUUUAUUCUACCUGUGUGUCUUCUUCUGGAUGCUGAGCCUGGGCCUCAUUCUUUUCUACAGACUGGUGUUCAUCUUGCAUAACACAAGUAAGACUGCUCAGAAAGCAGUGGCAUUCUGCCUGGGAUAUGUGUGCCCCUUUGUCAUUGCAGUCGUCACCAUCGCUGUCACGCUGCCAAGGAACAAUUACACCAGGAAGGAUGUCUGCUGGCUCAACUGGAUGGACAGCAAAGCUCUCUUGGCCUUUGUCAUACCUGCCUUGAUCAUUGUGGCCAUGAAUUUGUCCAUCACUGCAGUUGUUAUAAUAAAAAUACUGAGGCCAACUAUUGGGGAUAGGUCAAACAGGCAGGAGAGGAACUCUUUGUUUCAAAUUGGCAAAAGUGUGGCCAUCUUGACUCCACUGUUAGGCCUCACCUGGGGGUUUGGCCUUGCCACCAUCAUCAAAAACAGUCAUCGAGCUUUCCACAUCCUCUUUGCUCUGCUCAACGCUUUGCAGGGAUUAUUCAUUUUGGUGUUUGGGACUCUCUGGGACAAGAAGAUACAAGAAGCCCUGUUGAAGAGGAAUUCAACAUCCAAAUGGAGUUCACAGCAAUCAAAGUCAUCCUCCCUGAUCCUGGUGACACCAAUGCUUGCUAUGAGCUACCCAUUUUCCAGAACCUUUAACAACUUAUGUGGGAAAACAGGAAAAUACAGAGUAUCUUCUUCAGAGCCAUCCACCUCUUCCUCUGAAAACACUUCCAAGGCAUAUUCUUUGCUUAACUGAAGCACUACAAAUGCUAAAUCACAUAACCCCGAAAGGACCUCUGCCCUUUCCAAGACACACACAAAAAGUACCCGGGAGUCAUGGAGAAGUGGACUGCUUCAUUUUGACUAAACCAUGCCUUUGGUGCAUUCUUCUGGAACAAUCAUUUCCCGUUAAUGUGUAAGGCAGGGAAGCUGUGAGAGGUGGAAUUUUACAUGGUCUGCCAAUCUCUCAGAAGAGAUGACAAAGAUUUGAAGGCCUUCAGGUGCAAGAAAGGACAUUGGAAGUGACGAAUUCUCAGCCCUUGAGCAGGUGCUUAGCACUAUGCAGUACUGAGCCAUGAAUUGCAGUGCUACACACAGCUGUUGUCCAGUGGUUUGGGUAUUUCCCCUAUCAACCCUCUGAAUGAUCCCAAAGGCCUGUGUAGAUACACAAGUACCUCAUAGCUUCUCUCCUGCCCUCGUAUUGCAGUCUGGAAAGGCCACAGGGUAUAGUGGUCUUCACCUUCUAUUUGAGACUUUUCUGGAAUCAAGAAUUCCCAACUGAGAAGGUCCAUUUCAGAUCUUCACUUUUGGCUUAGCUAAAAUGAAGACCGUGAUGACUCCUGCGUGGUCUUCGUUCAGAUGGAAUGUACUGGAAGCCCCAUGUGGUAUAUUUUUGAAGAAAAGGAAGCUUUAUAUCCUUAACAAUAUUUGUCCUUCCCUUGAUAUGUAAUGUGGUAAGACAGAGAUGGUUGCUGUCCUCUGCCACAGAGGGGACUGCAUUUAUUUAAUGCAUAAUAGUGUUAAGUCUGCAAGGAGUGUCUUGUGUAAAGUCUGUAUGUUUGGGUCUCCUCUCAGAGGAGAAUCACACUUGGAGGGCUCAGAGAGUCAACUCUGCAGUGAAUAUAAAUCACCAUGUGCCAGGCAGGAUGAAUGGUUUGAUAUAAAUUAUUGCUCUAACA